AUGGCGGGCCUCAAUUAUGUCACAUUCAACCAGGACCACAGUCUCCUCGCGGUUGCGACGACACGGGGUCUGCGUGUCUACAGCACCGACCCUUUCGAACUCACCAACCACUCCUCCGACGAUGACAUCUCCCUCGCGGAGCAACUCUUCUCGACAUCGCUCGUCGCCAUGAUCCUCACCCCGCGACUGUUGCGCAUUGUAAACACAAAGCGCGCCCAGAGACACUCGACCAUCUGCGAAUUGACCUUCCAUGGCAUGGUCGUGGCUGUCAAGAUGAAUCGGAAAAGAUUGGUGGUUAUGCUAGAGGAAGUCGCAUUCAUCUAUGACAUUAGCAACAUGAAAAUGCUUCACCAACAGACGUUACCGCUCAACCCGGCUGGCAUCGGUGCCAUUUCACCAAAUUCAGAGAACAAUUAUCUCGCCAUCCCACAUUAUCAAAAGACGACUCGAAGUGGAUACGCGCAACCUGCUCAUGUCCCCAAAUCAGCCACGAAUAAGGAACCCAUCAGUGGAGACAUCCUCCUCUACGAUCUGAAUAAGAUGGAAGAGGUCACCGUCAUCCAAGCGCAUCAGGCUCCCAUUUCCUUCAUCACCCUCAACAACGACGGCACUCUGAUGGCAACAUCUUCCGAAAAGGGCACCAUAAUCCGCGUCUUCUCCAUCCCCGACGGUCGGAAACUCUACCAAUUCCGCCGCGGGAGCAUGCCCGCACGCAUCUACAGUAUGAGUUUCAACGCGACCUCCACCCUCCUCUGCGUCUCCUCCGCCACGGAGACCGUCCACAUCUUCAAACUCGCACCCCCCGCCGGCGCCGCCAACACCAACGAUCCCACCUCCCGCUCCCGUCCCCUCUCGCCGACCUCUCCGCGCAAGUCAUCCUUCUUCUCCGACCGCAGCAGCAGCCCGCCCCCCUCCGGCAGUCUCUCCCCACCCACCUACGACAGCAACAACAACCCGGACAACGACAACGACCACCCCUCCACCUCCUCCAGCAGCAACAACAACAACAACAACAACAACAACAACAUGCCCGCCCAACCCCGCGCCCAGGGCCUCAUGUCCCUCAUGCGACGCACCUCCGCCAACAUGACCACCACCCUCGUCGGCCGCGCCGCCGGCUACCUGCCGGCCUCCGUGACGGAGAUCUGGGAGCCGCAGCGGGAUUUCGCCUGGGUGCGGGUGCCGCGGGCGUCGACGGCGGCGGCAGGCGGGGCCCCGGCGAGGUGUGUGGUCGCCAUGGCGCACCACGUGCCGCACGUGAUGGUGGCGACGAGCGAGGGGGAGUUCCUGGUGUACAGCGUGGACCUGGAGAAGGGCGGGGAGGGCGUGCUCGUGAAGCGGUUCGAGUGA